AUGGACCACCAGCACCUGCCCACAGAAGGCGGGCCCGGCAAGGCUUCAGCUGCCCAUGUCCCCCAAGCUUCAGCCUCGCCCGUCGACAGUCCGUCGCGCCUCCGCCCGCCAGCCCGCAGCCUCUCGUCCCUCUCGUCCCUCUCGUCCCUCUCGUCCCUCUCGUCCCUCUCGUCCCUCUCGUCCCUCUCGUCCCUCUCGUCCCUCUCGUCCCUCUCGUCCCUCUCGUCCCUCUCGUCCCUCUCGUCCCUCUCGUCCCUCUCGUCCCUCCCCAUCCCGCACGUCACCAUGACCAUCGACUCCAUUGUUACCGAUCCGGCCCUCCGCUCCUUCCUCCAGACCUCUCAGCAUGCCCGCGAGCAGGCCAUCGGCCUCGCCGACCGCCUGGCUGCCAUGUCCGCCGCCGGCGCAAACGCGCCCCUGAGCCCCGGCCAACACGUCGCCCUCUCCAAGGAACAGAAGCUGCUCAACACAAACCUGUCGCAUCUCCGUGGCCUGCACCGUGCCGCCUACCUCGCCGCCCGCGACACCAAGUCACAGACUGCCGACGCCCGCCACGAGGUCGACGUCCUCCACCUGCAGCUACAGAACCUGUAUUAUGAGCAGCGCCACUUGCAAGGCGAAAUCGCCGCUUGCGAAUCACACGACCACGAGUAUCAGAAGCUCCCACUGGCUCCUGCUGCCGAGUUUCUUGCAAAACACCCCGAGUACGCGGGUUCGGACGAGAACGCGCUCAUGAUAGCCCGCAUAGAGGACGAGCGCGCAGAGCGGGAGGCUCUCGAGCAGCAGCGACAGGAACUUCUCAAGAGGAAGCAGAAGCUUAUCACUGAAAACAAGAAGCGCAGGGAGGACCUGGCCAAUCUGGAUAACGACUUGGAAAAGUUCAUCGAUGCCGCCAAGCCUAUCCAGAAGACUUUUGAGAAGGUGGUCUGA